AUGGAAAUAGAUAAUUUACAAAGAAAAUUAGAUAAGGAAGAAGUGAGUAUCUUAAGGAACAUAAAAAAGUGUGAAGUUAAUUUAGAUAAGAUACACAAAAAUGAAAAAAAAGAAUAUUUAAAUGAUAUAACUGGAGAAAAUAAUGCUAAUGAUAAUUCAUUUAUUAACUCUGAUGAAAAUGUAAAUGAAAAUAGAAAAAAUUGCAUUUUAAAAUAUAACAAUAAUAAGAGUAUAAAUAUAAUUAAUAAUAUAAAUAAUUCCAGCAAUAUUACAGAGAACAUUUAUUCAUGUGAGAUAGUUAAUAAGAACAAUAAUUUAGAUAUAUCAUCAUCAUUUAGUAAAACAAACAUCAGCGAUUUUCACAAAAGUAAUAAUUACAUUAACAGUGAAUAUAAUAAUAUAUCAUAUAAUAAAAAUAAUACAAUUCAAUACGAUGUAUUAGAAAGUGUUAAAAGAGAAGAAUUACUUUUUUCAAGCAUAACAAAUGAAAAUUCGUUAAAUGAAGAAAAAAAUAUAUUUAAUUCAAAUGAUUCUAGUGAAAGUAAUUUUGUGUGUAAUGAUGAAAUUAAUGAAAUAAAUAGUUUAAUUUUUCCUGACGAACAAAAAAAAAAUACUCUUGAAAGUUUAUCAAAUAGCUAUCUGAAAAAUGAAGAUGAAAUAAAUUUUAAUCAAGACGAAAAAGAUAUGGAGAGUGAUGAUGAUAAAGAAAUAAAAAGAAUAUUGAAUGUACUUCAAAAUUUAAAAAAUUAUAAAUUUAAUGAUUCAAAUGAUUUUGAUAAUGAUGCUAAUUAUGAAUGUUUAGAUAAUGGAAACUCAUUAAAUGAAAAUACAAAUUUACAUAAAUGCGAAAUUGAUGAAGGUAAUAAAAUUGAAGUUGAAAACAUUUUUUGUGAUAAAAAUAUUCCUUUCCUUGAAAAUGAAUAUGCAUUUAAUAAUACAAAAGAUAAUGAUGGAGAAAAUAUUAACAUAUGUAAAAUAAAAGAAAAAUAUAAAAAUUUUACCCUUUCUCUAAAUGUUUUAAAUGACUAUGAAAUGCAUAAUAACAAUAUGAAAGAGAAAAAUGAAGAGACAGAAAAUGAAAAAAGUGAAAUAAAAAGUAAAGAAAAUAGGGAAUUAGAAGAAGAAAAAAAUGAAAGAGGAAGUGAGAUAGAAAAAGAUAAUACCUUAUAUAAAGAAGAAAACAAAGAAAAAAAUGAAGAAAAUAUAUUAAAAGAAGAAUAUAUAUUAUACAAAGAAAAAAGCAACUUGGAAGAUGAAUUAGAAAAAAAUAAUAAAUUAUACGAAAAUAAAAAUGAUGGAAUAUGUGAAGAUAGUAUUGAUGAAUUAAAUAAAAAAAAAAUUAAAUUAAAUGAGGACAAUAAUGAUGAAUUAAAUAAAAAAGAAAAUAGUAAUACAUUUACUGAAAUGCAAAAUUACGAUAAAUACACCAGUGAAAUUAUGAAUAACAAAAGUUUUAGCAAUUUAUUUUCUAGUUAUCCAAAUAAUAUUAAAAAACAAAAAGUUUAUUAUAAUAACUAUAAAAACAGUUAUAACGAAAUAAUUAAUUACCAAAAAAGUUUUUCCAUCCUAACUAGUGAUCAAUCAGAUACUUAUGUAACAAAAGAAAGAAAUAACAGUAAAAAAAAUAACGUCAGUUAUAAAAAUAAAUCGAUUGAAAAAAAAUAUCAUUAUAAUAACAAAAGUAACCUUAAUUCUAAAGCGAAAAAUAUUAUUUAUGGAAAAAAAGAAAAAAAUAAAAAAAAUUCAAUUAAUUUAACCAUGAAACGAAAAACUGAUCAAGAAAUAUUGUUAACUGAAACUGAAGAAAAAAAAAACGAAGAAAAUUUAAAUUCGGAAAGUAAUACAGUGAGUUUCAUUUUGAGUAAGGAUAACAAAAAUUUAGAGAAAAUAAGAAAAAAAAAAUUAUUAAAGGCAAAUAUUAAUAAUGUAAAAAAUAUAGAUAAAACUAGCGAUAAUUAUACAAAUGAUAUAAAUGAAAAUGUAAACGAUGGAAAAUAUAUGAACGUAAAUAAUGAUAAUACAGAUUUUCCUGAUUCCAAUAUUUUAGAAAGUACAAAAAAUAUUUCAUCACAAAAUAGAGAUAUUACAGAAAAGUUAAUAGAUAUAGAGAAGUUAAAUACUUUCAAUGAAGAAAAUUUUGAAUUUGAUAUGUAUUUGAAUAAAUUAAAUAAUUUAAAAAGUCUUCUUCAUCAGGAAAUUAGUGAUAGUGAUGAUAAUAGUACUGUUGAACUAAUUAAGGAAGAAAAUAUUAUUAUUGAUAAAAAUGAUCAUAAAAAAAAAAAAAUAGAUGAAGAAAAUGAAGACAAAAUAAAAAUGAUAGAUGAAAAUGAAUACAAACAACAAAAAAAAGAUGGAACAAUAUGUGAAUAUACUAAAGAUGAUAAUAUUAUAGAGAAAGAUGAAAACGAAAAUUAUAUAAAUAAAUUUAUAUAUGAUAAUAAUGUAGAAGAUAAUAAUUUGAAUUUAGAGAAACAAAAGUUGAAGAUAGAAUUACUUAUAGAAAAAAAUAAACUCUUGAAAAAUGAAAUGAAGAAUUUGCAAAAUAAAAUAAUUAUAUUUAAAAAAAAAGAAAUAAAAUUUAAUAAAAAUAAAGAAAAAUAUAAAAGAAAGUUAUCAAUGAUUAACGAUUAUGAAAAAAAAAUAGAUUAUAUUAUAAAUGAUUUUAAUAAGCUGAAGGAAAAGUGUACAAUUAAGGAAAAAAAAUUAGCAAAGUUCGAAGAAAUAACAAAAUGUAUGAAUGAACAAUUUUCACUUAGUAAAAUUCAAUUUGAAAAUAAAAUGAAUGAAUACGUUAUAUUUUUAAAAAAAAAAGAUUCAGAAAUAUAUAUGCUUAAAGAACUAAUUAAAGAAAAAGAAAAAAUAAUUUCAUUUAAUGAUAGUAUAUUAAAACAAUAUAAAAAUGAUAUUGAUGAUAUGUUAAUGCAAAAUAUUGAAAGAAUUGAACAUGUUCAGAAAAAAUUAAAAGUACAGCAAAGUAUGAUAAAAGAAAAAGAAUUAAAAUCAAAAAAAGCGGAAGAAGAAAUUAGAACUUAUUUAGAACAAAUAAAUAAAUUAGAUAAUGAAAUAAAAAGGUUAGAAUUACAAAUAAAGAUGGAAGAAGAAAAAAAGAAAGAAUUAAAGAGAAGUUAUGAAAAGGAAAAGGAAAAAAAUAUAAAUUUAACUAAUCAAAUUGAGGAAUUAAAUAAAGUAAAUAAUGAUUUACAUUAUAAGGUAGAUAAUCUUAAUGAAAAGGUAGAUAAUUUAUUAAACAAUGAAAAAAAUAUUAUUAAUGAUAAAAAUGAAUUAGUUGAAUGUAAAAAGUUAUUAAAAGAAGAGAAUGAGAAAAUUAAAAGUGAAAUAGAUUUAUUAUUAAAAGAAAAAAUAAAAGUUGAAGAUAGCUUAAACACAGUUAAUUUAGAAAAAAAUAAAAUAUGUGAGGAAAUAGAAAUCUUGAAAAAAGAAAAUGAACAAAAAAACUAUGAUAUAACUAAUUUAAGAAAUGAAUUAAGUAAGCUAGAAAAAAAAAGUAAAGAAUUGCAAGAAGAAAAAGACAACCUUCAAAAAAGAAAUAUGGAUGAAAUUUGCGAAAAAGACAAAAUGAAAAAUAUUUUAGAAGAGAGAAAUAUAGAAAUAGAAAAUUAUCAGAAAGAAAAGGAAUUAACAGAAAAAAAAAUUUCUGAUUUAGAAAAAAUCAAGGAAGAAACCAUUUUCAAGAAUGAAAAAGAAAUUGAGUUUUUAAAAAAUGAAGUAAAGAUUUUGGAACAAAAACUUGAAGAAACGAGCAAAUUGUAUAACAAAGAAAAAGAAGUUAUAGAAAAUUUAAAUGAGGAAAAAAAUAAAUUUAUUAAAGAAUGUGAGAGAUUAAAAAAUAAAAAUAAAAAAAUUACAUCCAAAUUAAAAGAAAACCAAAUUAAUGCCAAUGAAACUUUAAACAAAAUUAUUAAAGAAAAAGAAGAAAAUUUAGAGAAAGAAAAAAAUGAUUUUUCAAAAAAACUUGAGUCAUUAGAACACGAGUUUCAAAAAUCAUACAGCGAAAUACAUGAACAAAAAGAAAAAUUAGAAAUAGAAUUAAAUGAAUUAAAGACUAUAAACGAAGAUAUCAAAAAAAAUUCUAAAAACCUUUUAAAUGUUAAUGAUCUAUUAAUGAAAGAAAUGAAAACAUACAAUGAAGAAAAAGAAAAAUUUAUUAAAGGAUUAAAAAAUAUCAAACAAGCAUAUAUAAAAUUAAAAAAUGAAAAUGAUGAAUUGAAGAAGAAUUCUUUCUCAUAUAUUAAGAAAGAAAUUGAGGAAAAUUAUGUAUCCAUAAAUAUUCAUAAUAAUGUAUUAAACGAACAAAAAAAUCUAAUUUUAGAAAAGGAUAUAAUGAAAUCUCAAUUAAAAGAAAAUGAAAGCUUAAUAAACGUUUUAAACAAAGAAAAGUCAGAAAUUAGUGAAAUUUUAAGUAAAAUUACAAAAGAAAAUGAAGAAUUAAAUACAAAUAUAAAAGUCAAAAGUAAAAUUACAGAAGAUAUAACUUUAAAUGUUGAGAAAUUGAAGUUGGAUAUAAAUAAUAAAGAAGAAGAAAUAAAGAAAAAAACUCUCGAAAUUAAAAAAGUAGAAAGAGAUUACAAAAAAUUAUUAGAGGAUUACAAAAUAGAAAAAAAAAAUUUAGUUUCAAAAUAUGAGAAUGAACUAGACACAUAUAUAAGCAAAUGUGAAUUUACUCAUGCAAAAUAUAAAAAAAGCGAAGAAGAAAUUAAAGAAUUAAAAAAUAAAUUAAAAAUGAAAGAUGAAGUAAUAGAAUACACCCAUAAAGAAAUAGAAAAUAUCAAAGAGUCUUUCUGCAAUGAAUAUGAAAAUAAAAUCAAAAAUUUAGUUGAAGAAAAAGAUAAAGAAAUAAAUUUAAUUCAAAAAAAGUAUAAGGAAUUGCAUGAAGAUAAUAACAUGAAUAAAAAUGAAAUAAUAAAAUUAAAUAAAAUGCUAGAAGACGCAAAUAAAAAAAUAAAAAAGAGGGAUAUGGAGAUGUAUAUAUUACUUGAAGAAAAUAAAAAACAAAAAGAAAAGGCUGCAAAAAAAAUGACAAAAGUAAAUGAGUUACUAAAUAAUCUACAUAAAGAAUAUACUGAUAAUAUUCCCUAA